CGUACGUAUCCACGCCUAGCCGCGACGAGUCGACGCGCGCCGCGAUACGAGGCGGGGCGCGGGCGCAAGAAGGGCAAGACGAAGGAGCAUAAAGGGGGGAGAGGAAAAAAGCGGUAUGCCGGAAGCGCCUAUGCCACGGCAUCGUGACCGAGGGUUUUAUUUGCCCGGUCCCGACUCGCGGCUCCUCUGUCUGCUCUUUUUCGAGCUCCAUUGGCUUACUCCUUCUCAGCUGUCUUAACUAGGUAUGCGUGGUUGCGCGCCUGGUUGGGGAGAAGGGAGCAGUAACUUGUUGCAUUUCCUUCCUUUACGUCGACUCUUCUUUUCUUACUUUUCCCUCCCUCCCUCAGUCUCUGUCGUUUUUCUUUUCUUAUGCCUCCACAGCAGCGGGGUGGCCGCUCAUCUGCUUUGCUUCUUCCCUCUCAUAUUCCUCUGGUCUCCCCCUGACUUAACCGUCCUCUCUAUGAAGGGGGGUUGGAGAAAAUGUAUACGUUAUGUAGCUGCGUUAAAUUGGGGCUAUUUGCCUACCGGCUUUGACGAGAUCAUGCUGACCUCUGGAGUAACUCCUCCGGCUCCGAGGUCUUUGAGCGUCAUGAUGCCACCAACGAUGCUCCUAAUCCCAAAUCCCUCAAUCCUUUCUCUCUCCCCCCCCCCCUUCACUCAUACCGGCUUCCCUGGCUUGCCUCCGCCUAGCUCUGUUCCUGUUAUCGGUCGAGCUCACAUAGGUACAGUGAACUUGGCCGAACGUGGGGGAGGAGGGGGGAAGGCUAGGGCAGGGCCUCAACGUCGUUACACGUUGCGUUGCUACAUCGCUCAUCCCACCGUCCCUGACCUGAUCUCUCUUCUCGGGUUUCUUGUCUGUCUACUUGUCUCACUUGAAAUUGAUUGAUUAUAUCCCGGUCUCACUCACCGCGGCUGUCUUCCUCCAUCCCUCUCUCCUCUUCGCAUCCUCCUCUGGGCCCCCCUUCCCUCCAUCGGCUCUCUCCCGUCUCCUCGCAUCCAAACCAUC